AUGACGACCCGAGAACGGUAUAAUUGCUACGAUCGGCAACUCUAUAGUCAUCCAUGUAGACCAGCAUUUGUUCAUAUUCCAGGUAUAAUUGCUACGAUUGGCAACUCUAUAGUCAUCCAUGUAAUGUACAAGUUCAAGAAGAUGAGAAACAACCCGCAGAACUUCCUCAUCCUAAACCUGUCAAUGGCAGACCUUGGGAUCUCCGUCGUCGGUUACCCUCUCACCACCGCUUCCUGCUUCGCUAACCGCUUCCUGUUUGGUGAAAUUGGUUGCGUCAUCCAGGGCUUCCUGACCUUCACCUUGGCACUGUGUGCCAUGAAGACCAUGACUUGCCUGAGCGUCUACAGGUACAUCACCAUAUGUCGGCCGCAUCUCAAAUGGCGCCUGAACAUGGAGCUGACGAAGAAGGUCAUCAUCUUUCUGUGGUGUUAUGCGCUGUUUUGGACAUCACCCCCUCUAGUUGGCUUUAGUUCAUAUGUCUUCGAACCCUUCGGCACAUCCUGUAGUGUAAACUGGACCCUUAAAUCAUGCCCCGGCAUCUUCUACACCCACUGUCUCAUUAUCUUCUGCUACAUCACCAACAUCGCCAUCAUCGGAUUUUGCUACCAGAGGGUCGUGGCGAAGACAGGAGAGCUGACUCGCAAGAUAAACGCUAGUCGGGGAGUUCCUCUGAACAUCAACGAAGCGCUUGAAGUCAGGUGGAUGACCAAGGAGAGCAAGGUCACUCUGAUAUCCAUGUCAAUGGUUGUAUCAUUCGCCAUCAUCUGGUUCCCCUAUGCUCUACUGUCUCUCCUGGUGAUCUACGGGGUAAAGGUACCGGUGGAGUUCACCACCCUCCCCACCAUGUUCUGCAAGUCCUCGUGUAUGCUCAACCCCAUCAUCUACUCGGUCUUCAACUCAGAGUUCCGGAUGUAUGUAACGCGCAUGCUCACCCGGAAGCGCCAAGUCGGCGUUGAGAUGACCAGACGUCAAACACUCAGGAAGUUUUCAAUGGACAAAACACACGAGGGCAUCUACAUCGGCAAAGGGGCUGUGACCAUGUUGAGAGAUAGGAACCUAUUAUUUUGAGGACCAGUAUGAAACAUUCAUGCUUUGGCAUGUGUGUAUCGACGGCUGAAGAACCAGUGGUUGAUCUUAUCUCGGUAUAUGGCAUGAAUGCCCAAAUGGUUUAAUAAAACUCUCAUUAAAUUCUAUGUCCUGAGUAAUAAUCCAAACUGAACACACAGAGGCAUCACGACAUUUGUUAAAUCUUGCCUCUCUCCAUAUCAUCGGCAAAGAGGCGUUAACCUAACGAAUCAUCCCUACCAUCGGCGACAUGUGACCAAGUCAGGAGGUUGAUCUGUGUGGAGCUCCACCAUGUGAUGAAGACGACACAGUUUCAGACAGUCCUACAAACUGUUCAACAAUAUAUGUGGUGAAGGACUGAUAUUAGUUACGUGAACAAGUACAAUACAGAUCAAUAUUCAGGCCAAGUCACUAAAGUCUUGAAUACCGUUUCGUGGGCACAGUGUUCUUAGACGCUGGAAUUCGUCGUGCAGAGUUGCGUCCCUUGGGCGUGAUUGUGGUUCAAAUUGGCUUUGUUACUGAUAGCUUCAAAUAACUUAAAUGAAAUUUGCUAGGAUGAUAACUGACACGGGGACCGCCUCCCUGAAGGAACAGACUUGAGACAGUUCUGUACGGGGGAUCUGAGAUCAAUAUGAUACACGUAAAGAAGGUACAACUUAAAUGUAGCCACGCCCGUCAUGUAUGUCUGCGAUGUUGAUGUAGGAAAGCAGACAGAUCAACGCCAUCCCUGGUUGUGGGGUAUUCCAGGUAGUAACAUCGUUCAUAUACACGAACGUUAUGCGAUGUGUCCAGUUUUAUGCAGCUUACAAAUUAAGACCAUAUGCAACUCAAGGAUGU